CCGCUUGGUUUUUUUCUCACAUGGCGGUUUCCGUUAGCUGUGCUUCCUCCUGUUAGAUUUGAGAUUCUGUCUAGAUCUCAUCACACCAUGAUCAGCCAGAGUACAGGGAUUGGACGAACGCGUUUGACACGAGCAUUGUCUUCAGUCGCAACAACUCUUCCCUGCCUUCAAGAGAGUGGAAACUGGGACACACUUCAAACAUAAUAAUGUCCGGGAUUUGAAUUAUUUGAAGGUCCUUGUGUGCAGUCAAUGUCCUUUCCUCUCGCAUCUGCUGGAGCAGACUGGACAUUGUAGUGUGGCCGGAACCGCUGCUGGGGAGAGCAACUCUGCAUAAUCGUGCGACUGUGCAUGGUGAAAAGAGCCCAAGCGAGCUUUGCCGGAGAGCAUGAGAACUGAAUGCAGUUCUUCGAAGCAUAGUGUGGUAAUUGCUGGCGCCCGGUCGACUUUCUCUCUAUUACUGGUGCUGAUAGCCGCGUGUUCAGCGUUAGUCCACGCCGGCAAUAGCACCGAUGGCAGCGGCACUACGUCGUCAACGGGCGUGGCGGCAGCUAGCAUGAUCCGCACCAUCACCAUCACCAAGUCGUUGCACGUGUUUGAGAACGACACGGUUUCACUACAGUGUGAUGUGGACAGCGACUCCCUGGUCGAUGUCGUCUGGAUGCACGCCGCCUAUCAGUUUGAUCGCGAUCGCGUCGGUCCGCUGACAACACUCACCGGCAAUGGGCACGUAUCAAACUGGACGGAGGGGAAACUCACGGCCAAUGGUAGAGUCAUAACGCGGUCCGUGCUGACCGUCUUGAUGGUGGGUCCGUCAGACACUGGCCUCUUUGCAUGCUUUGCAACGACCAAUAAGACAAUGUUCGGGUUCACCACGGCUGUUUCCAAGUUCAACGAAUCGGCGGAAGCGGAGGAUCUUGUGAGCGAUGACACCAUCGCUGACAACGGCGAUGUAUGGGAUUUUUAUAUUUACUGCAACGGCAAUUGGAGUCGAUCAACCGUGCCGACAUGCGACUCACCCUUUGCCAUCGCGUCAACAUCCUUGCACGUGCUCUUUGCUCCCCGCAUUACCACUGACCUGGACUUGGAAUACGCCGUGCCGAGCGGCGAGUGCCUGACGCUCAGCUGCGCGGCGUUCGGCAGCCCUCCCCCGCUCGUCCUCUGGUCGACGCGCUACAUUUGGUGGACGGGCGACGGCAUCGACAACGUGCUGCACACCAGCACGCACCCGAACCAGGUGGCCACCGUGCGCAGCGUGUACCACACGCACACCAACCUGACGCUGUGCGACCACGGGCACGACCUGGACUACAACGGCAUCGUGGUGCAGUGCCUCUUUGCCGACCAGGUCAGCGACAGCCAUGCAACAUCACGCGUCGCCAUUAUUCAUCAGUAUAAUCAGUCCACCACACGCAUGUCACGCACCGGCAUUGGAAUUGGGGUGAGCAUCACCACACUCUUCAUGGCUCUGCUUACCAUUGAGUGUAUCCGACGGCGACGAAGGAAGGCAAAGUCCAUGGCCGCGAGGAAUGUGGAUGGUACCCUUACCGAUGCACGUGGCCUGAGUCAUGACACUACUACUACCAACAUGGUCAAAACCAUCGCCAACCCUGCCAACACCACCAACAUCAAAAUCAUCAAAACCAGCAGCAGCAACAACAACAUCAUCAACAGCAACAACAGCAUCAACGACAACAACAGCAACAAGAUCAGCAGCAGGCGCGGCAGUAGCAACAACACCGCUGACGCGAGCGUGGACCAAGCGGUUUCCAUCACAAAAGCCGACCGUGGAAGCAGCGAAGUUUCCAGCAAGAGCCACCACAGCAUCAAGGAUCUGAUCGUCGCCGGCAUUCGUCACUUGAGCGGCGAUCGUCUUCACGCAGACGACGCACGACGCAGCUCGGCAACGUACGACUCGUGCGAGAAGCGUGCCUCCGAGGCAAACAGCGCCUUCUCGGAGCUCUGCGACGCGAGUAUGAAGAGGGAGAUGGACGUACAGAGCAGUCGGCGUGGCGGCAGCUCCAUGACCGAUAGGUCCAGCAGGUCACAUGUACCCUGCUCUCGCCACUGCAGUAACAUCUCACUGGUCAGUGCCAUGAGCACGGAUGUCAUGCUUCCUACGAUCAUCUGUCUGGAAGCUAUUGACCCGGUAGCUGCCCUCGAUCAGCAGGAGUUCCACUCGCUCCAGCUGUGCACCGUGCAGGCGGCAGCGGAAGAAAGCUUCGAGACGGCCUCAUUGCCGGUCACUUACUCCAUUGAUCAUGCAACGGAAACGUCGUCCGGCACGCCUACGGCAAAACCAGACAUGCUUGGCACCUGCUCAUCGCUGGACACGUCACCACCCAAGCUGAGCAAGGCUCUUUCAGUGAGAACGGACGGAUCGACCCUGACGACGGUCAUGUCUCUGGGUUCGGAAGACCUGCUGGAUGCCUCUCCGUCCAAGUUAAGUUCAGCAUUGUCGGUACAAAGAACAGCAACCACCUUGACCACGGUGGUCUCCCUCGGCAUGGAGGAGUUAGAGGAAUGCGAUUUGAGUAGUCACACCUCGUCAACCCCUCUGUCCCAGCACUUCAUACCCAAGAGCAGCAGUUCACCUGACAACAAUAUUGACAGGCAUAUGGGUGGGUGCCGAGUCAGGAAUCCCUCAGCGACGUCGGCUCCCAGCACGAGCUCAAGAUCGCCCGUACUCGCCCCGGCUCCCGGUACUGGGGCGGGUGCGUUCGACGCACGCCUGGCACCCAGGUCGAUGCCGUGUGAGUACAAUUUGUCCGCAGUGGGCACGGACGCGGCCAUUGGUCGUAGCGCCAGCUUCACGGCACCAGGCCAGUUCCCUCCGCCGCUGGAGUACACCAUGACGACUCGCAGCAAGCGAUGAGCCGCACGCCAAGACAGCGGCAGCCAUGAAUAGCCAGUUGCUAGCUGUCUCCUUCGAGAUGCUAAUCAGUUCCACGCCAUGCCAUGGGCGCAUGGUGACCAGCCGCCUCUGUGGAUGAAGACCGCGGCACGGAAGUCCGUCAAGUAAACCAGUUAGCUAAUUAAGUAGUGAUAGUGCAAGUAGUUGUGCAUUUCCUCUGAACCUGCGCUCUGCAGUUCGGAGAUACGCAUACGUUGUCCAUGGCUUGCUGCUCUGCAGGCUCCAUCUAUCCUUUUCCUCGGCGAAGUGUAUGCACAGACUAACAACAGCACCCCUAGGGAAGAGUCUCUUCUCACGAGCCUCAGAUUACAUACCGCUCAUGAGACCACAUGACAUACGGCUCUGCAGACCACAGGACGCACGGCACGGGUGAUCACAUGAGAUACUACUCAUAAGAACACUGACCUGCUGCUGUAGUGAUCCCAUGACAUACUCCUAGCCUAUCACAUGAUAUACUGCUGUGCAGAUCACAUGGCAUACUGCUCAAUCGAUCACAUGAUAUGCUGCUCGAAUGAUCACAUGGCAUACUGCUCAAAUGAUCACAUGGCAUGCUGCUCAAAUGAUCACAUGGCAUGCUGCUCAAAUGAUCACAUGAUAUGCUGCUCAAAUGAUCACAUGACAUCCUGCUCAAAUGAUCACAUGACAUCCUGCUCAAAUGAUCACAUGAUAUGC